AUGAAAAAACGCAAUGAAGAGUUUGACGACUAUUACGAUGUGUAUGACGAGAUCUGGACAAACGACACAUUCGAAGAACUAGAAUAUACACAGAGCCUUGAAAAAAAUAUAAAAAAAAAAUUAAGUAAAGAAGAGUCAAAGCAAAGUAUAUUCUUCUGCACAGAUGAUAACACUAAAAUGAGUAAUAUCGAGGAUGCACAGCUAAGUAGGAGCGAUUUCAAUUUAAUCAAUGAAUUGGAAACUUCCAAGGAGGAGAAGGGAGACAUCGACUCAAAAUUUAGCAGAGUAAAUGAGAGGGGAGACUCUCACGGGAAUGGCCCAGGAGGGAGGUUAGACCAAUCAGAAGAACAAAUGGAUCAAGACGACGCAGAAAAUUACACAGAUGAUCACCAUACCGAGGGCCAAGCAUAUGACCACCACUCCGGGGACCAAGCGGAUUACCGCAUCAGUGACAAACUAGAUGAAAGCAACAAAACAGAUCAAGAGCUAUUUUUAUUUAAAGACAUCUACGAAGAGCUAGAAAAACGCCCUAACGAUGAAAAGGGCAGAAGUUACUCAUAUGAUGAUGACUUUGACAAACAAAAUGAAGAUGCACGAUUUUUGCACAAAUUAGAAUUCAGCAGCAGUAACAACGAAUCAGACAACGCAGAAGAUCGGUCGGGCAAUUUAUUUCAUAUGGAUAAGUCAUCCAUGGAGUUCUGGGAUAAAAUAAAUAGCAACGGUGCAUCAAGUUACGGGAAUGGCGUAGACUGCCUCAAUGGUGAUUCUUAUGGAGACUACGAUAAUGGAGGCAGCGGCAAUUUUUCUAAACAAAGUAACAUUAGUCCCCAGGGGAGCGGGCCUUUUCUGCAUAGUGGGUACAGCAUCUGUGAGGACCACAAGGGAACAUCCCCAAACGGAAAUGCUAGUUGCAUUCAUCAUAGUAACAGAAGUGCAUGCUCCUCUAUCAUGAAGAGUACAACUGGCGACUACGGGGACAAGUUCAACAUGCAGGCUGAUAGCCCCUCGUCUUCCUUUUUGAAGGAGCAAAUGGGAAUAAGAGAAUCAAAAGGGGGGAGCAAAGACAUGGGUUAUUUGCAAAGGGGUGGUAACUCAUCAGGAGGGAUCGAGGAAGGGAACGAAGAGGAUGCAAUGGGCCGCUCAAAUGGUGACAUGCCAGAAGAAAUUAACUCACUUUAUAGUAAUAGAAGCCGAAGAGGUGUCGGAGAUUUUUCGUAUCAAAGUCGAGACUCCCACGCGAGCGCAGACAAUGUGUACUCUGGGAAGAGUAUAAAACGAAGUGACACCUCUUUGGGAUACAACAAGGGUUAUGACAUCAGCAGGACAAGUAGCAAUUUUAACCGCGAGGAAUCUUUACAUCACUCCCACGAAUACAAUACCUCGACGCCUAGCAGCACCUUGAGUUUAAGUAAGCUUAAUGAAAGUGUGAAAAAAAGCAAAAGAGUCGUUUUGCGCAGUAGUGACAAUGAUAUUAAUGCCGAUUCAUUGGGGGUGGAUUCGAAGAGCAGCGUGAGGGAUUACCACUCUCAUGCUGAAAGCAAACCAGAAGGAAUCAAUAAAACAGGUAGGGGCAACUCAUCCCCCAGGGAUAACCGCGCCGAGCUCAACGAUAGCGCACCAGUUAGGACAACAACCACCACAAAAACAGACAGUGACGAUACUUCAAAAAUUAUGAACAACAAUUUGAAAUUAAAGAACACCAGUAAGAAAAACGAGGGAAGAUGGAAAAGGGAGGAGAAGAAGACCCCUCAAAAAGACACAAAAUUUGAGAGCUUCCAAAAAAGGCGCACCAGUAGCAGCCAUAGGGGGGAAAUAUCGAACAGUUUGGCCUCACCUAAAAAGAAUACUCGUGAUAAUGCUUCAAACGAACUGAACAAAAGGGAUAACUCUGCUCAAAGCAGCUCGGAUAGCAAUUCCAUUUCUGUCAACAAGAAAAAAACCAAGGGACGCGAAAAUGUCACAUGCAACAGCAAUGACAGCACGGACAUCUGCGUCGACUUGAACGAUGAAGAAUCGUGGGACGAUACGGACAGGCCAAACGACAAAAAAGGGGAAACAAAGAAGAAAGGUAUCGUGGCAAUUAUAAAGGAUAGGCACAAAAAAGAGAAAACAGAAAAGAAGGGCGAAGCGGAGGAAGGUACUACGCGAAGAAGGCGCCGCUCAAACGAUAAAGGUGAUAGAAAAAAAGACGUGCCGCUUAAUCAUGAGGAGCUUAACGAACAAAGCAACAGUGACCAACUGAAGGAGCUGGGAAAGGAACUCAACAAUCAAAUAAACAAACUAGAAAGGGAACAGGAUAAAGUUAAGAAAUUAGAAUAUGAGCUAAUUGCGAAAAGUGCAGAAAUGGAACUUGAGAGAGAAGAAAUGAAAAACAAAAUUGAGGAGGAAAAGAAAAAGAUGAUAAAAAAUUUGGAAGAGGAAAAAAAAAAGUGGAACAAGGAAAAAAAAAGAAUAGAAAGUGAAGUAGACAAACAGAGGAACAUCAUAAUGAGCAAAAGAAAACUAACCAACGAAGUAGCAAUGUUCAAAAAUAAAAUUAAAGAAUUAGAAGAAAAGCUCACAACGGAAAAGAGACAGCACAAAAUAACUGUGGAGAAAUUGAGAAAACAGGUAGAAAGUUUAAAAAUUGAAAAUGAAAAGCUCAAAACAGAGUUAAAAAUUUCAGACGAGUAUAGAAGCAAGCUAGAAAAUUACCAGCAGAAAACUAUUAUGAAGUUAGCAACAAAUGUGGUUCAGGAGAAAAUGGUAAAAAAUGCCGAUGCGAAAAGUUUGCCUCAUUUUUCCGACUGCUCAGAAAAUUUCACCCCGGUGAAGAGCAAGCCACAGGGGGAAAGUGGACGGCGGGGAAGUGAAUCGGAUUCGUUAUAUCAACCCACCAUUAGCGAUGAUAAAACACUCUGUACAAAUGCACUACGCGAAAGCGACCCCUGUGUAGUGCCAUCGAAAGAAGUAAAAGGGAAAAAAAAAAUUACACUUAACAAUUUAUUUGUACACAAAAAUGACAUGAAGAUUGGACACGGCGCCGCAAAGGAUGAUGAGUCUAUAGAUAAAAAUUUAAAAAAAAUGAAAUUGCUAAUAGAGAAAAAUAGAAAUGCCGAAAAUAUGGACAAGGUAUACAACGAGGAAGACACCAGUAGCCAUACUACGAAUGAACAUAAUAAAAUUUUUAGAAAGUAUUUUUUUGACCACUCCAGCAAAAUAAAUGACAAAUUAUCUUACAAUAGUGGCUUUACAAAUGAGGAGGAAGAAAAAAGGGACCCCCACGAACAGAUGAGGAAGACCUCCUUUCUAGCCAACUACACCAAGCAGGAUAACCAAAAUGGGAGAGAUGAAAAGGAAAGAGAUGUAAGGGUCCCACUAGGAAAUGUCCAUGUGGAUACACCCAUGGGCGAAUCAGCGGAAAGGUUGACGAACGAGUUUGGGAUCCAUACGAAGGGUGAUAACCCAGCCAGGACAUCAAAAAAUGGUACAAGUAGCAACGUGCGCACGAUGAAUAAUACACCGUUUAAGCGUUAUGGGGGGGACGGACCAUCCGCAUUAAACACACGCAGUGGUGAACUGAAAAGGAAUAACAACGUCGGAAGAAGCGGAAAAGACGACAAUCAGUUUGGAAAAAAUACCCUAGAGUCGAGAACCCGCUCGAAGAUAUCUCCACCCAGCAUCGACCAUUUAAACCCUUUUGGCAAAAACUGGGACUUUAUAAUAAAUUUCAAUUUUGACGAACUAUUUAACAGUUGCGAAAAUGUGAUUGAAUCGAUAUUCUCGUCAACCAAGAAGAUGAAAUAUAAACAAGCAUUUGUUGAUGGGAAGGUGGAGACAUUAUUUGAAGACGGCCUACGAAUUAUUGAGAAAAACAGAAAUAAGAAAAUUGUGGACCCCAACAAUUUAACUAUUUAUCUCUACCCCAGUAAGGAUUACCGUGCACAGUUGCCAAAUUCGUACACGCUAUUCCGCUUUGUAAACAAAGGCAUAUACCAAGUGAACAUACCUAAUAAAUGCCAACUGAAUAAGUUUCCAAAUGGCCAAAUAGACUGCAAAUAUACCGAUGGGCACACGCAAAUUUUAUUUUGCGAUGGGCGAAGGAAGGAGAUUCUACCUAACAAGGAGGAAUAUGCCAUCCUGCGCAACGGUACUUGA